UGUCCAUGACACACGUCCUCUAGCUAGUACAUAACACUCAUAUAAUCAGUCAUCUUCAUCCAUUAACAUGAAGAUGAAGCCCACGGCAACAAUAUUCCCCUCGCUCCUACUUCUUUGUCUUGGUCUUGGAAUAACAACAUUUCAAAGCACCCUCUCUUGGCCACUUGACACUCUCCUUAUUAUUUCCACCACCCUCCUUGCUCUUUCACUAAACUACUGGCUUGUCCCUGGAGGCUUUGCAUGGAGGAACUAUCACCACCAAUACAACACAAAGCUCAAUGGGCCCAUGGGCUGGCCCGUGUUAGGGACUUUGCCUCAGAUGGGCUCUAUGCUGGCCCACGCAAAACUCGCCAACUUAGCCACUUCCCUGAACACAAAGAGGCUAAUGGCUCUGAGUCUUGGUGCCACCCCGGUUGUGAUAAGCAGUCAUCCUGAUACCGCCAGGGAAAUCCUUCUGGGCUCCUCCUUCUCUGACCGUCCGGUGAAAGAAUCAGCACGCGCACUCAUGUUUGAGCGCGCCAUUGGAUUCGCUCCUUCCGGGACAUACUGGCGCCACCUUCGCAGGGUGGCGUCUUUCCACAUGUUCUCUCCGAGGACGAUCCUCGGUUUGGAGAGUCUCCGGCGGCGUGUGGCGGAUGAAAUGGUGGCAAAGACAUGGAAGGAGAUGGAGGUGAAAGGGGUGGUAGAGGUUAGAGGGGUGUUGAAGGAAGGGUCUCUUUGCAAUAUUUUGGAGAGUGUCUUUGGUCUUGUCGACGAUAAUAAUAACAAUGGUUGUGUGAGUGAGGAGUUGGGGAAGAUGAUUAAGGAAGGUUAUGAGUUGAUUUCGGAAUUUAACUUGGAAGAUUAUUUUCCUUUGAAGUUCCUGGACUUUCAUGGGGUGAAGAGAAGGUGUCAUAAAUUGGCGGCUAAGGUUACUAGUGUGGUGGGUGAGAUUGUGGAAGAGAGAAAAAGGGCCAUGGAGAUGUUCGUGGGGCAGAAUGAUUUUCUUGGCGCUUUGCUUUCUUUGCCCAAAGAGGAAAGGCUGGAUCAUUCAGAUAUGGUGGCUGUUCUGUGGGAAAUGAUAUUUAGAGGAACAGACACAGUUGCUAUACUCUUGGAAUGGAUCAUGGCGAGGAUGGUCUUACAUCAAGAUAUACAAAUGAAAGUCCGCCAAGAGAUUGACACGUGCAUCGGCCAAAACAAGCAUGUGCGAGACUUGGACAUUGCAAAUCUCCCUUACUUGCAGGCUGUAGUUAAGGAGGUUCUUCGAUUACACCCGCCGGGCCCAUUGCUAUCUUGGGCCCGCCUAGCUGUCCAUGAUGUCCAUGUGGAUAAGAUCCUCGUGCCAGCUGGCACAACAGCAAUGGUUAACAUGUGGGCUAUAUGUCAUGACUCGUUUGUCUGGGAGGACCCAUGGGCUUUCAAGCCCGAGCGUUUUCUCAAAAAAGAUGUGUCUAUCAUGGGAUCAGACUUGAGACUAGCACCGUUCGGCGCGGGUCGUAGGGUGUGCCCGGGGAGGGCCCUAGGCUUAGCCACGAUCCAUUUGUGGUUGGCACAACUUCUCCAUAAGUUCAUAUGGCUUCCAACACAACAUGUGGAUCUUUCUGAAUGCCUUCGGCUUUCUCUCGAAAUGAAGACUCCUUUACGAUGUCGUGUGGUUCGUAGAUAAAAAUCUAAAAGGCCUUGAGCCCGAGCCCAAACCAUGUCUAAUUAAGAAUCUUGAUGUGCCUCAUGUGAUGUUUAAAUUAAAAUUAAAGUUGCCACAUAUAAUGCAAUCGUCUACUAUUAGGGUGUGAAAUUAUUGAAAUAAAAAUGAGUGCAAGUUUGCUAGAAAUAAAUGUAAGAUGAGAGCGAAUUGAGAAGAUUGGCAGUUUUCCAUUUCAAAUUGUAAGAUGUAAAUUAUUAAUUGAGUGUAAUGAAGUUGCUUUGAUCUGCAUGUAGAAAAAUGAUUUUGAUAUCACAUCUUACAAUUUGAAAGGGACAAAUAUCAAUCUUCUCAAUU